AUGCAGGUGCCCUGGGGUUUUGGAUUUCGUCAACUUUCAUCGAUCUCUAGGCCUUCGUCAAUCUCUAAGCCUUUUAUUCGAAUAGAGUCCGCGAAGCAACUGGCUCGAAGAAUGGCAGCUCUCCCAAACACAUACGAAGGCCCUGUGCCUAUUGCCGUUAUUGGCGGCACUGGACUCAGUGAACUCCCUGGCUUUACCCAGGUUGCCUCUCUGAAUGUCUCUACCCCCUGGGGUGAACCCUCUUCUCCGAUCACCAUCCUCCACCACACAUCCAAGCAUAAUAACAAGGUUGUCGCCGUCGCUUUUCUGAGCCGACACGGCCUGCACCACCAGAUUGCUCCUCACGAAGUCCCUGCCCGUGCAAAUAUUGCAGCUCUUCGAUCCGUUGGUGUGCGAAGCAUCAUCGCCUUCUCAGCUGUUGGCAGUCUGCAGGAACAAAUCAAGCCGCGCGACUUUGUCGUCCCUGAUCAGAUCAUCGACCGUACCAAGGGAGUGCGACCCUGGACAUACUUUGAGGGUGGUGCUGUUGCGCACGUUCCUUUCGGAGACCCUUUCGAUGAGGGUAUCGCUAAGGUGGUGCGCGCCUGUGGCCACAGUCUAGAGGGCGACGGUGUCGUUCUGCAUGAUCGGGGAACUAUCAUCUGCAUGGAGGGUCCUCAGUUCUCUACCCGUGCUGAGAGCAACAUGUACCGUUCCUGGGGAGGUAGCGUUAUCAACAUGUCCGUCCUUCCCGAGGCCAAGCUGGCUCGGGAGGCCGAGAUCGCCUACCAAAUGAUUUGCAUGUCGACUGAUUACGACUGCUGGCACGAGGCGACUGCCGACGUCACUGUCGAGAUGGUUAUGGGCCAUAUGAAGGCCAAUGCCGAGAACGCCCGACGCUUCGUUACCGCCGUUCUCGAUGCUCUGGCUAGCGAUGAGCACACUGACCUUGUCAACGCUAAGCACUUGGCUGGCUCGAUCAAGUUUGGAUUUAGCACGGCUCAGCCUCACCGAAGCCCCGAGGCCCAGAAGAAGCUGAAUUGGCUGUUUCCCGGCUACUUCUGA